AUGAAACAACAACAACAACGACAAAGACAUCAUUUAGACUUUACAGAUGAUGGUAUAUCAUCGGUACUAAAAAUCAUUGACAAUAAUAAACAAACGAUAUCAAACACAUCGACCGAACGAACCAUCACAAAGAACAAAGCAAUCAAGAUACAAGUCAUCGAUCAACAAGGCGAUGAAGAAAAAGAAGAAAAAGAUGUAAAUAUCAAUGUAAAUAGUAAUGGAAGCAAUGAUCUUAGAACCAAAUCAGGUCUAUGUACAAUAUGUAAUCAUCAAUUUACAGUUUAUAGUUGUCCAAGAUGUUUUAUUGGAUACUGUUCUUCACAAUGCUUCAAACAACAUAAUGAAAAGUGUACAGACUCUUUUUACGAGACACAGGUACGCGAGGGAUUAGAGUCGAUUGACAAGUCUACACCAUCCGAAGCACUCAACCUAUUAAAGAAAAUGAAAAAGAUUUAUGAUCGUGAAGACAAUAUAUAUGAUAGUUUAAUUGAUGACAACGAUCAAGAAGAUGAAGAUGAUCAUGAUGUAGUUGAACAAAAUGAUGGAAAUGAACAAGAUGAUAGAGAAGAAGAAGAACCAAUCGAUUUAUCUAAAUUAAACUUGGAUGAUAUGAGUGAAGAACAAUUAUUGGCAUUAUUGACAAAAGAAGAGAUUGAAGAAUUCCAUAGAUCAAUUCAAGAUGGAUCAAUAUCAAAUACAAUAGAAGAAUGGGUUCCAUGGUGGAUACAAAAAGAACAACAACAACAAACUACAAAGAUCAUUGAAAUUCAAGAAAAAGAUGAUGAUAUAGUUGAUGAUGAAGAUGAUGAUGAUAUACCAGAUAUUUAUGAAAAUAUUGUACCAUUAUCAAAAAUAUUCCCUGGAAACCCAUCAUCAACUUUAAUUAAUAAUCUUUUAGAUAUUGUAAGAUUUAAUGGAGAUUGGGGAUCAAAAACAAAAACAACCAAAGGAGAAACGGAAUAUGAUAUUGGUGAAUUGGUUGAUGGAUGUAAUACCAUUUUAGAGAUAUCAACCACUUUAAACAAGAGUACUUGUCAGCGAAUAUUUAAUUCUGCUUCUGAAUCUUUACAAAAUAUUUUAUCAAUGACAAACAAAUUUGAUGGUAAUAAUUAUAAUACUACAUUUAUUUUGGAGGAUGUUUCAUCUAUAUUUACCGAUAAAAAGUAUAUACUUGCAUUGCUUUCACAUUGCCAUAAAUUAUUUAAUCAAUCUUUUGAUUUAUUAAAUCAAACCAUCAAUAACAAUAAUCGCCCAACAACAACAACCAAUGAAACAACGACAACAACGACAACAACGACAACAACCAAUGACCAAAAAAUGACAUUACAAUUAAUAAGGUUUGCAACCAACAAGUUAUCAUUUUAUCUGUCAUGGGCAGCUGAACAUCUUACACAUGAUGCAGCCAAGAUCAGUUUGGAUCGACGAUUAUACAAUACAAAUGAUGGUGAUGGUGUCACCAUUGGUUUUAAACUGCUACUAUCGCUACAAUCGAUGGAUUGGAGUGAAUGGAAUGUUAUGAAACAAAUGUGUGAUUAA